AUGGACUCAGUUUGGCAGGGGUUGGAGGCUGCCAAAGAACUUGUUUUGGAACGGCCUGGGACUGCGGCUGCCUCGUUGGGUGCAUUGUACGCUGCAUGGCUCGUCUACCACCUAGGCGACACGCGCAAGGUCAACCACAUCCCGUCACUUGCGAGCAAUUCGGCCAUUCUCUCGUACCUGGAUGGAAUAAAGUUCUUCGCCAGGGCACCUCAAUAUGCAGCCGAGUCGUAUGAAAAGCUUCGUUCACAGGUGAUCAAAGUCCCCGGUCUCUUCAACUGGAUUGUCCUCGUACACGGUCACGACCUCGUGGAGCAAGUCAGGAAGGCUCCUGAUCACCAAUUGGAUUUCCAUAUCGCUGUAACCGAGAGUUUGCAAACACCACUCACCAUGGGUCCAGCAAUUGAAUCGAAUCCCUAUCAUAUCGGUGUUGUGCGCAAUCAACUUAAGAGGUUCACCCCGCAGUUGAUACCCGCCGUUCACGACGAAAUUGCGAACUGGGCAUCUGUUGUUGCCCACGACGAGAUCAUGAAAGUGAUUUGUCGAGCAAGUAACCGCACCUUCGUGGGUCUCCCUGUGUGCCGUGACCCAGAUUACAUCGACCUCAACAUCAAGUAUACUAUCGAUGUUGUCACGUCUGCCGCCGUACUGAGACUCUUCCCGCCAUUCCUUCGCAAGACUGUCCAUUCGGUGUUCCUCCCCGCAACCAGGAAGCGGGUCGAGCAAGGUGUGAGACACCUUGCACCCCUGAUUAAGCAUCGGCGAGAGCAGAUAGCGCUCCUUGGAGACGAAUACGAGAGACCAAUGGAUUUCCUGAUGUGGCUCAUGGAGGAGGCUAAGGGCGAGGAAACUGCUGAACGAGCCUUGACACUUCGAAUUCUGGUACUUAAUUUUGCUGCUAUCCAUACGAGUACCAUGACUUUCACACAAGCCCUGUACGAUCUCGCGGCGCACCCAGAGUACCAGGAGCCACUCCGUGAAGAAGCACGAGCUGCGGUGAAAGAGCAUGGAUGGUCCAAGACGGCGGUGGACAAGUUCGUUAAAAUUGAUAGCUUCAUCAAGGAGUCCCAACGACAUCAUCCUAUGGCGUCUGUGAUGAUGAACAGACACGUCCUGGAGGACUUCACAUUGGCCAACGGCGUCAAAGUACCCAAAGGCCUCACACUCGCAGUUGACAUCACCGGCAUGCACCAAAGCUCUGAAUACGGCAACCCUUCUGAAUUCGACCCCUGGCGGUUCUCCAGGAUCCAAGAGGCGGGGAAGCGAAGUGAUAUGACCACCACCAACGCCGAAUUUCUGGCCUUCGGUCAUGGACGACAUGCGUGCCCCGGAAGGUUCUUCGCGGCGGUGGAGUUGAAGUUGAUGAUGGCGUAUGUGGUGCUUAAUUAUGAUGUGAAGUGUGAGGGAGAGAGGCCGAAGAACCUUUGGCUUGGUGUUACCUGCGCCCCGAACCCGAAGGCUAAGCUGUUGUUUAGGAAACGUGAGCCUGGCAUAUAA